GGGGCAUGUGACGCCUCGGCACUCGCCCUAAACUACAACCCCCAGAAUGCUCCUCGAAGGCUAUGACGUCCUGGGCGGGGUUCGAACAGAAGUAAAGAAACCCGUUCGGAUGGAAAAGCCGUUGGGGAGCGUUAACGGCCACCGAACGUUCGGAGGGAGCAAGAUCUAAACUAUGCUGAAAGGCACCAAGGAGACAACUCCCCGACUCCAUAAGCCCCCGGCUGCUGCUUGCGAGAAGUUCUCCGUCCUCUCCGAGCAGAACCAAAAAGCCUGCCCAAAGAACUUAGUGCAGCUUCUUCCUCUUGAAAUCUGCCUGAAGAUUUUUGGCCAACUGGACCUUCGGAGCUUAUGCAAUGCUGCGAUGACUUGCCGAAGUUGGAACUGCACCCUGGAAUCUUGCGAUCAUUUGUGGAAGCAUCAUUGCUUAAGCGUAAGGGCCGUCUGUCAGCGAGAGAUCGACGGGGACAGAAGCGACGGGUACUCGUGGAAGGUCACACUGGUGAGAAACUACCGGAAAAGCAAAGUGAAGCGUGACUGGUUGAGCGGAAAAUAUAGCAACAUACGUUCCCGCAGUAGCUUGCCAGAGAAGAGCAUGUAUCCCAUGGAUGCGGAUACCUGGGGAGAGAUCCUCGAAGCAGAGCUGGAACGAUAAGAAGCCCAACUCAGGAAAAAAUAGUGGAACUGCUUAGUACAAAUGUCGAGUUGCCUACUGUAUUUAACAUCCGUUCAGGGCCAGGUAGAAAACGACAGCUCUGUGAAUCUUUGACGUUUAGCACUUUUGGAACUUCUUCUUCGUUGUUGUUUUUUUUCUUCUUUGUCGGAAAGGUUUUGAUGCAGGGUUUAUCUUUUUAGUUUACUGUUCCAAGGACUCGCUUCUUGGACUUGCUCCCGAUGCACUUUAAAGAAUGACUCAUAUUUUAAAA